AUACGAGUAGAAGAUGAAUAUACAUAUUACACUGAUGGCGACCCGUUGGUCGUUGGAGCUAAAGUAAAGUUAAGAAAUCCACAAAAACGAAACGUUGUUGAAACUUACACGACCUCAAACAGCACAGAACUGCUGUUUGACGAUCUUGAAGAGGCAUACUACAAUUUAGAAGUGAGUGCAGACAGGCAUACUUCAUACAGUGCUGUAAUUCUGGCAUCUCCAGCCAACCCAAAUGUAACAGUCUUCCUACAGAGAACGGCAGUGAAGUAUAGCUGGACUGUUACACCUGUUACAUACCAGGACAAAUACAUUGUCACCUUAGAUUCAACAUUUGA